AUGUAUCGUGGAAUCAAUCAUACAACCCAAACAUAUCAGAAUUUGCCAUCUCCUCAAGUUGGAAUAAAUUGUAAGAAUUGCAAUAAAAUAAAAUGCUUAGAUGAUUAUGGAUAUUGCAGUUCUUGUUCUAACAUGCUGGGCAUUGAUUCAAUUUUUAAUACUGUUCCUAUUCCAUUAGCUCAUUCAUUAAACAAUAAUAAUAUCAAUCUUAGUUCACAACAAAUUCUUUCAAAUGACCUAAAACGUUCAUUUACACAAUUGGAAAAUCAAAAUUCGACCAAUACAAAGAAAUCUAAAAAGAGAAGUAAGAUUCCUAACAAUUAUCGUGAAGUACUCGAUGAGUUUUACCGAUCAAAGGGAAUAAUGAAUUUUGAAGAUUAUGAAAGAAUAACUAUAUCAACUAUACCAGGACCCAAACAAGGAUCAUUCAAAAACCACUUGCAUAUUAAUAACGUAAAAUAUCCUACGUUAAAUACAACCCAAGGUUUGAAAGUAACAGAUUCGAUUCCACAACAUAAUAGAAAUGCAAAAGUUUUAUCCAGGAAGCAAAUUCCACAACGACAAGCAUCAUUAAACACUACUGCUAAUUUUGAAAAUAGCAACCACUUGCAAUCUCAUCCUAAUCAUAAUCAUAAUAAUUCGCCUAUUCCAGAAACUGAAAAAUCUGUAAGUGAGUUUUUGAAUCAAUUUGAUAAAGGUUUGGGAUAUUUUAAAAAAGGAGAGCACACUCAUAAUUGGGAAGAUGUAAUUCAUGCAACGAAUAGAUUGAGAUAUGAGUUAACAGAAGGUGUCUAUUCAAGAGAUUGA